UUCGAACACACCUACCAUACAAAUAGAGCGAAGUUUGAACACAACAUUUGAGGAUAUUUGAAAUUGAUAACAUGUUCAAACUUUGCUAGUAGUAGCAGCGAUCAUUCAGAAUGGAGGUUGAAAACAAGGAAAACCUGCAAGUGCCUGUUUUUGAAAAGGUGGCAGUUGACACUUUAGGCGCCUCUCCAGCUGUUUGUAGAACUCCACUACAGAAUGUCAACAACCUGGCCGUCAACAGAAGUACCAAGAAAGCCUACUACAGUCAGGUCACACCUACACUGAAGACUCCAGGUCGCAAGGCAGCAAAAGUUCGUCAAUCCCUGCUUGUGUACCAGGACAAAGCGUAUCCCGACGCAGAGGAAGUGCUCCUCAACUCUCUAGUGUGUAAGAAGGUUGAUGAGGUCAUCGCUAAGGCCAAACAGCAAUAUGAAGACCAGAUAGCAGAAAAGGAAAAGACUAUUGCUAAUCUCCAGGACAUGGUCAAGGCAGUGGAUGAUACAGUGAGCUGUGGAACACAAGAAAACAAAAGCUGCGGUACUCAGGCUAACCCUAUUGACAGCAUCAGCCGUGGCAUCCAGUUUGACCCAGUAGAAAACAUCAGUUGUGGUAUUCAGGCUGAUCCUGUAGAAAACAUCAGUUGUGGUAUUCAGGCUGAUCCUGUUGAAAGCAACAGUUGUGGUAUUCAAGCAGAUCCUGUUGAAAGCAACAGUUGUGGUAUUCAAGCAGAUCCUGUUGAAAGCAACAGUUGUGGUAUUCAAGCAGAUCCUGUUGAAAGCAACAGUUGUGGUAUUCAAGCAGAUCCUGUUGAAAGCAACAGUUGUGGUAUUCAAGCAGAUCCUGUUGAAAGCAACAGUUGUGGUAUUCAAGCAGAUCCUGUUGAAAGCAACAGUUGUGGUAUUCAAGCAGAUCCUGUUGAAAGCAACAGUUGUGGUAUUCAAGCAGAUCCUGUUGAAAGCAACAGUUGUGGUAUUCAAGCAGAUCCUGUUGAAAGCAACAGUUGUGGUAUUCAAGCAGAUCCUGUUGAAAGCAACAGUUGUGGUAUUCAAGCAGAUCCUGUUGAAAGCAACAGUUGUGGUAUUCAAGCAGAUCCUGUUGAAAGCAACAGUUGUGGUAUUCAAGCAGAUCCUGUUGAAAGCAACAGUUGUGGUAUUCAAGCAGAUCCUGUUGAAAGCAACAGUUGUGGUAUUCAAGCAGAUCCUGUUGAAAGCAACAGUUGUGGUAUUCAAGCAGAUCCUGUUGAAAGCAACAGUUGUGGUAUUCAAGCAGAUCCUGUUGAAAGCAACAGUUGUGGUAUUCAAGCAGAUCCUGUUGAAAGCAACAGUUGUGGUAUUCAAGCAGAUCCUGUUGAAAGCAACAGUUGUGGUAUUCAGGCAGAUCCUGUUGAAAGCAACAGUUGUGGUAUUCAGGCAGAUCCUAUUGAAAGCAACAGUUGUGGGACUCAGUUUGACCCUAUAGAAAAUGUUAGUACUGGGACCCAGGUGGACGGUAACCCAUGUCCCCGCUGUGAACAGGUGGACAGUGAUAUUUUGGAGGAGCAAGUGUCACUCUAUAUUGACAGAAUUGUAAACAAGUGUGCAGCUGAUUUGAAAUCAGAACAGAUUGUUGGGUUUAUAAAUCAAACAAGCGAGGCAGAUCGGGACCACCAGUUAUGGAGUGCCAACUCCCUGAUACAGGAGCUACAGCUAGAAUUGGGCGAGCAUGCAGGGCUGAGUGAGAGUGUUGCAAUGGCUGAGAGACUUCAGGUGAAGAUACAAGAGUGUGUGUCUGAUAACUACAGCAAGGUGAAGGCAGCUGCCGACAGAUUGACCUGUCUACAGGCCCAAACAGAACAACAGGCUUAUGAAAUGAAAACAAAGAUGGGGGCUAAUGACUUGCAGAUGAAGCGCUGUCGCCAGGAGAAGACAGAGGUGCUGGAGAAGUUCGACUGUAUGGAGAGGAUGUUAGAAAAGUCGAGGGAGAGCCUAGCACAGAUGGAGGCUUUGUACAAGACUACAUCGGCAGAACUUACCAUCACGAAAAGUCAGAUUCAAGUAAACAGUAGCGAUAUUGUCUCAAUCACGAGAGCCUACGAGGACAGCCAGGCUAAAUUGAGAGAAGCACAGACUCGCUACACAGUUGACAAUGACAAAUUGACAGUGGAGAAUAAACAACUGACAGAACAACUGGGACAGAUGGAGGUGACACUGGGUGAGCUGCACACAGACAUGGCUGGGGUACAGACAGAGCUGUCUGUCGCACAAAAAGAGGUAGCCAGUCAAGGGGAGACAAUCACUAAUCUCACCUGUGAGCUCCAGCAAGCCAAGGAGACUAUUGCUGUACAGCAGGAGCAGAAUCAAGGCCACCGGAACAAAAACGAAGUUCUCCUAGGAAGUAUAGAGGAGAAGAAUGGCGAUAUUGCUAACCUACGACAGGAGUUGCGUAACAUGAAAUCAAAGCUUCAGACUACGGAGAAACAGUCGGAAUCAGAUCUGGAGCUAAUGAAACAGCGAUGUGACAGCCUGCUGACAGAACAAGCCCUAACAAGGCAGGCCCAUAUCAACCAGGUUCGUGACCUGGAGCAGGAGCUGGAGCGCCGCGACUGUAGUGGACAGCUGCGCACUGCACAGGGCGUCAUACAGGAACUCCAGACCGAACUCUCCGAGUACACAGAGCUUGCAGACAGUCUGAAACUAGCCGAAAUUCUACAGGCUAAGGUACAGGAGGUGGUUAAUGAGAAUUUCCUGAAGGUAAAGACAGCUGCUGACAAACUACUGACCCUGAAGAGGAACAUAGACAAAGAGAAGUCUGAGGUGACCGACCAGAAGAAGGUGAAUGAGGAAGAAAAAGUUGACUUUGAGGGCAUGAAGUCUGCACUAGAAUCAUCCCAGCAAAGCAUGGCACUUUUUGAGACACUGUACAACAGUACAUCUGUUGACCUCCUCAACGCCGCUAGCCAGGUCCAGAUUCUCAAUGGCCAACUUGAUACCACCAAGAGCGCUUACGAGGCCUGUCAGCUAUGUAGGGAAGAACUGGUAAACAAACAGAAGGAAAGUGAAGAAAAUGAGAGAGCGACAUCUCUCGAAAUUCAAGGAUUACAAGUCUCUCUCAAGGCCAAGGAGGAGGAGCUAGAGAGUGUUAAAAAACGUUUAUCACAUGCUGUAGCACAACAAAAGGAGAGAGAACAACUAAUGCAGCGUGAGAAUGAUCACUUAAGCUUAGCUGUGGAAAACCUACAGCGGACACUCGACUCGCGGGAUGUUGAUGUGGAUCAAGUGGAGAAGGAGUUGUACGAGAUCCGCGAGUACAUGACCGAGAAGCUGGAAUCCAUGGACAGACUCAAAGUAGAGGCAGAGACAACAAACAUGGAGUUCCAAAAGUGUCGGAAAGAAAAUAUGCAACUCAGGGAUAAUUGUGCCGUGAUGCAGUGUUCAAUCCAAGAGCUAAAGGAGACGAUACAAAGCAGUGCAUACGAGUUGUCGGAGACGAAGAGCCAUGCCUCGCGGAUGUUACACCAACAGGGUGAGGAGCUGAGAGAAUGUAGCCAAUCUGCCUCAGCCCUCACCACUAAGAUGGACACUCUGCUACAGGAACUCAGCCGGAAGAUCGGCAUCUCUACCCAACAGGAUGUCCCGUCAAAUGAAGACCUUUGUGAUGAGAAUCCAACAGUAGAGGAAGUGAGUGAGAACGUCAGAAAACAACGGCCAUGUAAAGCCAGGAAGUCGUUCUUGUCGGAGAUAUUCCUAGCAGCCUCCGAACAGCACACUGCACUGGCGUCACCUCUCAGGGAGGAGAGCAGUAUGGGUAAUGGGUCCGACGAGGUCGGUGAGGACAGUCCUCAGUCUGACCAAAACAUAUCGGGGAUAUACCCACUACAGAGCAGCACUGAAGCUAGUCCUGCCACCAUCAGCAGGAGCAAGUUAGGCUUCUCAAGUUCAAGUGCAUUCGCACCAGUCAGGACUGGAAAGAGUUUAAUAGUCCCUCAGUCAGGUCCCUUAGAAACUAAUGGCGAUGAAUCUGUGUCGCCUUCAGACAAUGUCAGUGGUUCAGAGCAAGUGAGUAAUGAUGAUGGGGAUAAACAAGAGGAAGUCUCUCAGGAAGAACGGCAGGAGAAGGAAACACUUGCACAACAGAUCAACACCAUCAAUGAGUAUUUUAUUGAGAUCAUCCGUCUUGGGAACAUAGUGGAAAAGGCAUCACGGUUGUCUAUUGAUGAAGUCAAUGCGGACAAUGAGGAAUUGAGACAACACAUUCAGAAGCUUCAGUUUGUGGAACAGGAAGUUGUGAGGAAAGAAAAAGAAAUUGUACAACAGAGGGAGGCGAUCGUAACACUGGAACAGCGCCUAGAAAAUAUGGCUGAGAACCUAGAACGGUUUUCUGAUCAGGAAUCACUCAUACUGACCCAGAAGUCGGAGCUGUCAGAACUGCGGUCCCGGUUGCGGACACUGGAAGGUGAGAAGAAGGUAUUCAGUAACCAGGUGAAGGAGGCAGUGGGCAGGAUAAAGAUGUUAGAGAGCUCUCAGGGAGUGGACAGCUCAGCAUCGUCAAGUGUUGCUGAGGUCUUCAGUCUUAAAAUGAAGAUUCAGAAACUCAGAGACCAGUUAUUAAAGAAGGACGAAUACUAUGAAGAACUUGGCAACAAAGCCUCACGAAGGUUAAAGGUGUUGGAAGAGAACUGGAGACGGGCGGAAGCCGAAGUGUACAGAUUUGAUGAGUUGAUGGAGAUUGUAGGACAGACACUGACAAAACGUGAGGAUCUUGUCUCGCAGCAUCAGGAGUUAAAACAUCUCCAGAAGUUGAUACGGGGUCAGAAAAGUCUGCCGUCUGAGAAGGACUCGGCCUCCGCCCCUCUCAAGUCAAUUAAGACUGCCAGGUGGUGAUCAGCAGUACAUCCACACAGACUUUACAUAGAUCCAAUUUUUGUGUUAUCAAAUGUUCUUCUAAUCUUUAAUACCUUGGUUCACAGUCCUAUUUCCUAUAUCCUAUAUUAGACAGACAAAAGUCUUCUCCCAGUGUAUGUAGUUUAAAUCUAGUAUCAAGAUGAUUUAGGGGAUUUAAAAGUAAUCCUAUUUACACUGUGAUACAAGGAAAUCUGAAAAUGGUCUUAUGCUGUAAUAAAGGACCAUUGAUAGGAUCAGUAUGUGACGUGUACAUCAAUAAAAAAUCAACAUUAUGAUAUUAUAUAUGGCAGCAUUUUAUAGGUAGAAUUCUAACUUUUUCUGUGACACGCUAUGUUUAUUAUGCAUAUGUCAUGUAACUUGAAGUCAGAUUGCAUUUUAAUGUUUUACAUUUCUUGUUCUAUGUCAAAUUCAGUUUUUACAAAUAUGUUAAAUUUUAAACUUUUUUAAAGUUUAAAACUUUUUUUUAACAAAAUAAGAUGUUAAUGAAAAAGUUCUAUGGUCUUAAAACUGGUCCAGAAUUCACUGUAGGGAGGGAUAGCACAGGAGACACUUUUCAGAGGCCCUACCACCCAUCAAACAUUAAAACUUAUUCAAUAUAUAAUAUAGAAUGGUCGACAUAACAUACGUCCCUUCAACCCUGUGAUUCGAUCAGUUAUGAUAUAAACUUUUAUCAUUUCAAUUAGAUGGAUUAUUUUUGUGAAUGCCUGAACUGUCAUGAUUUA